AUGAUAGAUGACGAGUAUGUUUAUGAAGUUAUCAAUAAUGAAACUACUGCAUAUAUUUGUGCUCAACUUCUUGCUGAAGAAUUUUGUGCACAUAAUCCAAUUACAGUUUUUGAUCAAAUAACAUCAAAAUAUUUUUUUGAAGAAUGUGCAUGGCCAUUAAUGAAAGAUAUGAUGGAUGAAGGGUUAUCAUUUCUUGCAAGGCAUCGUUCCUCGAAAGAAAUUGUUGGUGCUGUUAUAGCUGGUGAUCUAUAUACAUAUCAUCAUAAACAUCCAUACGAUUCUGCGACCCCUCCACAAGCAAUUGCCGCUUCUGAUUUACUUGAUGAAAUGGAAAAUCUUUUUAUUAUACAAGAUUUUGGACGAGCAUUAAAACCAAAUUUAGUUUUACAUAUAACUUUAGCUGCAGUUCGUGUUGAACAUUCUGGUAAAGGUGUAGCAAGUCAAAUGAAUAUGGCUAUGUGUGAUUACGCACGAAAUACAAAAGGAUUUCAAUAUGCUCUUGUACAAAUAACAAAUCAAGUAACACGACAUAUUUUUGUGAAUAAAAUGAAAGGAAAAGAAGUGACAACUAUUGAUCCUACAGUUUGGUUAUGGAAAAAGAAAGAUGAUGGUUUAUUGUGCCCUUACAAAGAUUAUACACAUGGAUUAGUACCGAACAUUCUCAUUGACUUAAAUGCAGACAAUGAAAUUUAA